AUGCUAAGAGGUGACAAUGAUGUAUACUAUGAUCCAUCUUAUCAGAUAUGGAAAUUGCUUGACCACACUCUCUUCAGCAUUGUCACAACACUUAUGCUUGAUGUUGGCAUAUUCUUUUCAUGUAACAGUUCUUCUCCAUCAGCAAGAGAAACUUGGUCCCUUGAUUUGAGGGGUGUGGUGUGGUAUUUAAGGUGUCGCAAAAGCACGGAAUUUGAUAGUGAAGGGAAGGAUUGUUUCUCACCAACCCAAGAGUCUUCUUUGACAGCAAAAGUGUUGGGUUAUGAGAUUUGGGUGAAUGAGCCUGUGAGUGUGAAGGAAAGAAGGGAAAAGUUUUUGCAGGGGAUGGGGUUGGAUGAUGGCUCUUCCAAGGUUUGUUCUCAAGGGAAUAAUAUGAUGAAUUCUGAUGACUUAUCAGUGAGAUUUGGACUGGAAAGUAUCAGCGAUAGAGGGGCAGUUUCAAAUACUUGUAGUUGUAUUUUGUCUUAUGAUCAGAUUUCUGACGAGUUGGUUCUCUCGGGAAGGGAAGCAACUUCUGAGGCACAAGACUUGUUUGGCACACAGAAAGGAGGCCCCAAAGAUGAACCAGAGGCAAGUUUUGAAGGGAAGGUUUAUGAGGUUUCUUUUACAGAUCAAGAGGUUAGACAUAGAAAAGCUGAGGCUCGAAAAGAAGAGAAGAAAAGUUGGUGGAAGCACUUUAUAAGCAACAAGAAAGGAGGUUGGCGGAAAGUCAGAUCAAAAUUGAAUUCAGGGCAAAAUAAAACUCGUAGAAUAAAUGUAAAACAGAAUAAGAAGAGGUGGAUGGAGUUAAGUGCACUGUAUAUUGGACAAGAGAUUAGAGCUCACAAAGGCCUAAUUUGGACCAUGAAGUUUAGUCCCAAUGGCCAAUAUCUAGCUAGUGGAGGUGAAGAUGGUGUUAUACGCAUAUGGAGUGUGACAUCAUUGAAUACAUCUAGUAUUUGCUUCAAUGCAGAAGACAGUGCUGUAAGCCAAGUCAAACAUGGCUCCUCUUGUUCUCGGAAGAAACCCUCAAGCCAAUCCUUCGUUGUUCUUCCUAACAAGAUUCUGAAAAUCGAGGAAUCACCAUUGCAUGAAUUUUAUGGUCACACCAGCGAUGUCUUGGAUUUAGCUUGGUCCAAUUCAGAUACUCUCCUUUCAUCUUCUUCGGAUAAAACUGUUCGCUUGUGGAAAAUUGGUUCUAAUCAAUGUCUAUGUGUUUUCCGGCACAAUGACUAUGUGACUUGUAUUCAAUUCAACCCCGUUGACGAAAAUUACUUCAUCAGUGGUUCCAUCGAUGGCAAGGUCCGAAUAUGGGGGAUACAUGAGGAGCGAGUUGUUGACUGGGCAGACAUACGAGAUGUGAUAAGUGCUAUAAGUUACCGACCAGAUGGACAAGGGUUUGUAGUCGGUUCCCUCGCAGGCACUUGCCGCUUUUAUGUUUCCUCAGGCAAACAUUUCCAGCUUGAUGCCCAAAUUCGUGUCAAAGGAAAGAAGAGAGCAUCUGGCAACAAGAUUACAGGCAUUCAGUUUUCUCAGAAAAACAAUCAGAGAGUUAUGAUUACAUCUGAAGAUUCCAAAGUUAGAAUAUUGGAAGGCAUUGAACUUGUUCAAACAUACAAAGCUCUUCCAAGGUCUGGAAGUCAGAUGUCUGGCUCAUUUACCUCAGAUGGAGAACAUAUAAUCUCAGUCGGAGGGGACUCUCGUGUGUAUAUUUGGAACUUCAAUGACUUGGAAAAUACUUCUUCCAAAAGUACAAAAUCCAAGUAUUCCUGUGAGUACUUUGGCUCUCAAGGGGUUACUAUUGCAAUACCUUGGUCCAGCAUGACUGCAGAACAAAGGGGUUCUGGCAAUGAUUUUGCUCACUAUUCUUCAGAAAUGCAGCACCAACUAGAGGCUGCUCACGGUGUUAGGGAAUCGGAACGUUUUUCUUUUGGAAGUUGGUUCUCCAUUGAUGGUACAUGCCGGGGUUCAAUGACGUGGCCCGAAGAGAAGCUUCCUAGUUGGGAUUUACCUCUUGCAAAAGUUGAAUUUGAACACCAGAAGCUAAGUGUCAAAGAUCCUUCCCAUGAAAAAUAUGCAUCAGAAACAUGGGGACUAUCCAUUGUGGCAGCAGAUUGUGAUGGAACCAUCAAGACAUUCCACAACUUUGGACUUCCUAUUAGGCUUUAG